AAUUCAAAGUUUUACCCAUGCGGUUGGAUGAAUAGAUUAUAAUAACGAUUGUUUCUUGAAAAAUUGUAUAUUGUAUUUUAUUUUAACCAAAAUGCCGACGAAUGUUUAUCGAAUUCAAGGGCCCGAUGGGACUAUACCGUACCAACAGUACUUAAUCAAUAAAAGUAAUGAUGCGCUUGUAGAUAUUGCCACAGGGUUAAUGAAAGAUGUGCGAUGUGAUGGCAGAGAUAUUUCAACCCAUAGAAAUUUAUGUAUAAAAACUGGUAUUGUUACACAAGCUAAAGGAUCAGCUUACUUAGAAUGUGGUGGUACAAAAUUAAUAUGUUCUGUAUUUGACCCAAAAGAAGUUCCGAAUAAAGUAGAAUAUGCUAAAACUGGAGAACUUCAGUGUGAAUUUAAAUUUGCCACUUUUUCAUGUAGACAACGACGUGGUUAUACCAGAGAUUCUGAAGAACGGCAAUUGUGCAAUGAGCUACGUAGGGCUUUAGAACCUGCUAUUUGUAGAGGUGAAUUUGCAAAUUUUGAAAUUCAUAUUAAUGUUCUAGUAUUAGAAAAUGAUGGGUCCGUGUUGGCUACUGCAAUUACAGCUGCAGGACUUGCAUUAAUGGAUGGAUGUAUACCUAUGUAUGAUGUGAUCGUGGCCACUUCAUUGGGUAUCUACAAAAAUAAAAUUUUAGUGGAUCCUACAUAUGAUGAGGAAAUUUUGUGCUUAUCUAGAGCAGAUGGUGAAGAAAACAGAGGGACUGUAAUGUUAGCUUAUAUGAAGAAUUUGCAACAAAUUACAGAAUUUGCACAAAAUGGUUCAAUGGACGUAAACAUGUUUCCAGAAUACGUGCAAACAUUAAUUAAUCAAAAUUGUAAACUAUACAAAAUGGUGAUCUCUGCAGCUAGAAAAGAUGUUAUUGAAUAUUUUGAAAAUGAAACUCAAGAAUAACAAUUUUAACAUAAUUAAUUCAAUAAUAAAAAUAAAUUUUAUGCAUUGAUAUUUGUUUAAUAUUCAUUGAUUUAACUAUGAUUAAAUUAAAAUUAAAAAUCCGUUAUUUCUUUCUAAUGAUGUCAAAAUGUUUAGUUUUUAAAUUCAUUUAACAAAUAUAAAACAUUUAUUUUUAAUUUUUCUCAUUGUGAGUUAUUACUCAAAAAGCUAUCACUAUAAUUGCAUUAAGAUGUUAGGUAUAUUUUAAUUUUUUAUAUAAUAAAUAAUAUUAUUAUUUAUUCAGCAUAAUUUAUUAUUAUAUUAUGUUAUAGCUGGCAUGUAAACAGGUGCAGUGAAUGAUACAGUAGUGUUACUUGCUCGCCUACCUUUCUUUUAUGAAUAUCUAUAAAAAAUUAUUUGUUUAUAAAAAAUAAAGAAAAUGUUGUACCCCCA